AUGACGAAGAAAAAAGAUUUGAAGUUGUAUGGUCGUUUGAAAUACCAUAAUUCCUCCUCGAAUGCGACAGUUAAAAUUCGUCAAUUAUUAUUAUCACCAAAAGAUGCAACUGGUGCAAUUGCUGAAUUCUACUCAGCACAAGUCAUGCAAGAGAAAACUGAGAAUUGGGGUGAGGAGUUUGAUAAGAAUUAUCGUCAGCUUGUUAUUCAUGAUAUGAUUGGUAAAGUCAGUGAAAUUGUUGAUGAUGAGUGCAACAAGGAUAGGACGAUACACUUGGAUGUGCGCGUACGUGUUAAAUUAGUCGUUCACCAUUCGUCAUCCAUACUAGGGCUAGUAAAGAAUAUGGAGGUUGAUGAAGAUGUUGCGAAUGAAGAUUGUAUGAUUUGUUUGGAAAAGCUUGGGGAGGAGAGGGAGUUGAUGUGUAUGCCUUGCUCGCACUUGUUUCAUGGAGAUUGCAUUACAACUUGGCUAGAGAAUGGCAAUUCUUGCCCUGUUUGCCGUUAUGAUCUCCUAGCUAACUAG